UGUAUAAUGAAAUUAUUAUGUAAUAUAUUUAAUAACUCGAUAAAUAAAAUUUUAAGACCUAAUUUAUACAUUUUUCAUAAAAACUUUUAUAAUCAUUUUUCAACCCAAAAUGUGCCAGUUGGUAUUUCUAUUCUCGAAGCUGCUCAUAAACACAAUAUUGAAAUUGAAGGUGCUUGUGAUGGAUGUAUGGCUUGCUCAACUUGUCAUGUAAUAUUAGAAGAAGAUGUUUAUGAUGCAUUACCCGAACCUUCUGAAACUGAACUUGAUAUGCUUGAUUUAGCUCCAUGUCUUACUAAUACGAGUAGAUUGGGGUGUCAAGUAAUAUUAGGAAAAGAACACGAUAAUAUAAGAAUAACAUUGCCAAGAAUUACACGUAAUUUUUAUGUUGAUGGUCACACUCCAACCCCUCACUAAUUUAAUUUCUCAUACUAUACUAAUACUAUGCCAGUUUACUUACUAUACUUUAUUAGAUAUAGUAUUGUUUUAUUGAGUAGGAAAUUAAGUUGUAGUUGGAUUUACAGCGAUGGGAUGUGAAACGGG